ACAACUACUAGGUAGACGCCAAACAAAAAGGUUUCCCUGACAGCGGCGUUUCCUAGAACCGUCCUAUCUCUGCUUCACUCGGGCGCUCUCCGCCUGCUAUUUUAUUCAAGAAAAUACUACACACACACUCACGCAUCCUCUGUUGAGCGGCAAAAAUGGCGGAUGCUGCAGCCAGAGCUUCCGACGACCAACCCAAUGAUAACCCAAUUUUGAGUUUCUUGUCGAACUUUGUUAAACUCUUGAAUUUGCCCCCCCUGCCUUUUCUUCCACCGGCUCCUGCUUCCAAAACCAAGCAACCGGAGGAACCCGCUAACGGAGCUGGCCCGGUUGCUGUCGCAGAUUCUGCUGCGGAGACUAAGCCCUCUGUCGUCAAGUUUGGCCGGCCCUCCGAGACCACCUUGCCUUCUGUAAAGCUCGAAGCCGUCGAGGUUGAAGAACGCAAUACUAACCCCGUCGUCCUUUGGCAGGUCUAUGCAAUUGGUGGUUUGUUGGUUUUGAGGUGGGCAUGGACGAGAUGGAAUGAGCGUAAAGAAAGAAAGAAGCCAUCUGAUGAAGAUCGUCCUCCAGCUGUUGAAUAGUGUUCCCAGCACUGCGUAGAAAGGAAAAGAAACAUGGAAAACCUUCUUGUGCAUGUUUACAGUCUGUAAUCUGUUGAGUUUGCAGCGUAAAACAAAAAACCUUGGGUUAAUGGAUUAAGAUAUGCUGUAUUGUUAUCUCGCCUUGCCCUGCGCAACCUAUUCAUUUGCUGAUACCUGUUUUAUUCUGAUGCCUCGUAUUAACUUGUAAGCUCCAUUCUGCAUAAGAUUUUUUAGUUCAAAA